ACCAGACAUGGGGUAAUUGAAAUAUGUAAUUGUAAUUGACUGUAAUUAAUUACAAUUUAUCAUGUAAUUGAAUGUAAUGUGUAAUUGAGCAUUUUUUCAAUUACAUGUAAUUGAAUGUAAUUAAUUACAUAGCCAAAAUUGCCUGUAAUUGACAAUUACUUUUCAAUUACAAGUCAAUUACAUUUGAAAUUUUGGAUCAAAAGAUUAAAUCUUGUGUUUUCUCAAAAAAUUAUUAAAAGCAAUAAUCUUAACAAAUGUUGUAAGCUGACAAAGAAAAGCCUUCACAGUAUACUUUCUGUAUUAACACAACCAUGGUAGAUUCUUCAUUUUGUAUUGAAUGAUAAAAAAAAUGUAGACACAUGCCAUAAUUUUAAAAGAAACCACUAGGAAGUCACUGUCUUGACCUUAAUUAGUAGAUUUAGAUAGAUAUUUUAAGACAUUGAUUUAACAUAAUUAACUUUAUUCAAGGACUUAAAUAACCAAUAAAUAUAACCUCUGGCUAUUUGUUUUAUUACAAACUAUAUAAUGACUGUUUUUAUAACAGUUAUGUUAAACAGAUAUAAGGCUAAUUAGAGAGAGAUAAAUAUACCCCUAGGGCCUAUAGGUACAUGUUUAAAUUCUUGAAGGGAUAAUGCAUAUGACAAAAUCUCACUUGCAAAAUUUGUUCACUAUAUAUAUGAAUGUUGAAAGAAAACAUUUUAUCAGAUUUAAAAAUGAGCUCCAAGAGUGUACUGGAACAUUUUACUGUUCCUGAUGACUUCCAAAAUGGAAAUACUUUCAAAGGAAAAUGUAUGCAUUGUGGCACCCUCAUUAGUGGAAGUUAUAAAGUUACAUCCAACUUUGUUACACAUAUGAAGAGAAAACACAGAGAUUUGUACAUUCUGCAUUCUGAGAAUAAAGAAAUUCAACCAACAUUGACACAAUGCAUAAAAAAAAGUGUAAAAUAUUCACUGUCUGAUCCAAAACAGUUAGAAAUGACAAAUGCUCUUAUAAUGUUCAUAGCUGGGGAUCUUUUACCACUCUCUAUUGUCGAAAGUGAAGAAUUUAAAAACUUGAUGGAAAAAGCUGACACUAAGUAUCAAGUGCCUAGCAGAAAGCAUUUAUCUUCGAAACUUCUACAUGAAAAAUCGUUGACUUGA